AUGGCAGCAGGGUGUCCUGAUCAAGAAACGGAUGAGCUAGAGACACAAGCCCCUGAGAAUGAGCGAAGAGUUCCUGAAUCUGAGACCUGGAUCCAUGAGCAAAAUAAACCUGAGACCUGGAUUCAUGAGCAGAAUAAACCAGAGACCUGGAUUCAUGAGCAGAAUAAACCAGAGACCUGGAUCCAUGAGCAGAAUAAACCAGAGACCUGGAUUCAUGAGCAGAAUAAACCUGAAUCUAAGACCUGGAUCCCGGAGCAAAAUAACUCUGAAAGUAUUGAGUUCUGUGUUAAGUUUUACAAUGACGAGGAUGAGAAUGAGAAGCCUGUAUACAGGAAAACUCCGAAACAUGUCGCAACGAAACCUUUAAAACUCCGAGAUGAACAAUCCAGGUUUAAACACAGGGAUGACGAUGCAUGGAAUAAUCCUAAAUGUGAGAUUGAAAGGAAAGAGGAAAUAUUGAAUAAUAAUGAAAUGAUAAGAAUUAUUCCUCAGAGCUCAUUUGAAGAAGACAACAACGCUGUUGGAAAGGCAUCGGUAAAGAAUUUUUUUCCCGGAAAAAAAUACGAAUUCAAUGAAUUCGACAUGGACUCAUUUCCAGAAAGAUUGAGUAAGUUUAGUACUUCUGUAGAUAAGAGUUUAGAUAUCAGUGACAAGAGACCUGGACGGAUUCCAAGAGUUCUUCAGAGUUCCCACUCCGACUCCGAUGAUGUUGUGUAUGUGUUGGAGAACAGAGAUAGACUCUUCUCCUCCCACUCUACCAGGAUCAAAUCUAGUCGGAGUACUCCAGGUACACCUAGAAAUCCUAAUAAACAAGGGGUAGAUUUAUCGGAGAAGGUUCCAGAGGAGAGAUUACUAAACCGGAGAACCCGGAGAACCAGGUCAGGAGCUGGAACCUGUAGGAGUUAUUACGAAGACGCAGCUGAGAGCUGUGACAGUGGGAUCUCUGUCAGUGAAACCAGGUUAAGAGAAGGACCAGGAAAGCCUAAUGAGGAGCUGAGAAGUAAGACUAGCAGAGAAAGAAAAGUAAGAUCCAGAGAAAUUACAGAAUCACCGCGCAAACAGAUCCAACAACGAUCAAAAGAAGUGUCAGGAACGGAUCCCUCAGAGUAUCCAAGUGUUUAUGAGUAUCGGAGCAGGGUUGCAGAGAUAUCGGAGAAAAAGAUAAAAGAUGACACAGACAGAAAACUCAAAAUGAAAAAAAGCAAAUCUUACUUUGAGAACCCAGCAGUAAACAGGGGGUUUGAGUUGAGAAAAAUCGCUCGUUCAGCUCGAUACAGAAGUUCACAAGCUUUACUGUCCUCUGAACUACCAAGUUUGAGUUCAGGACACAUAGUGAGCAUGGAAGGACACAGUUCGAGUAUAGAAGUUGGACUGAAGGGUAGGAAUGCUCAAGAUAUAGAACAUGGACAAGGAAGAGGACGGGUUCCUGUAAGAAGAUCUAUUGAAAAUGUUCUGGCAAGCUUAGAUCAGUGUUCAUUUAGCGCAUUACAUACUGUAGAACCAGGUAAACCUGGAGCCCAAACUAAACCUGAUCCAACCCAUCGAGCUCGGAGUGCAGAGAGAAGAACAAUAUCUAUGGCGUUUCCGUACAAACAGUUAAGUCAGAUGGAGUGCACACUUGCAGAGCCGGUUAGCACACCCAGGAAGAGUUGGAAGAAGAUAUCCAGCUCUACUGCAAACAAAGUUCUAUGAUUUACCCCCACUAACAAUCCACAAGUUCCUCCAGCUCCACCAGUUCUUUCAGCUCCACCAGUUUUAUCCAGAUCCAUGAGCUCCUCUAGCUCCACAAGUUCCUCCAGUUUCUCCAGCUCCACUAGUUUCACCAGCUCGA